CCGCCCGCUCCGAGUAUUUCGCUGACAUGCUCGGCCGCUGCAGUUUGUCUCCGCGAAAACAAGCAGAGCGUUUUGGACGUGCGGCUCUGAGCUCACCAAAGUAGAUCAUUUCAGCUCAUCUGUGAGCAGCGGCAGCAUGUUCCAGUAGGCCUCCCAGUGUUCCCAGUGGGGUAAGGAGGACAUGGUGAACUCACUCUGCCUGGCUCUGCUCACCUCCGUUCCCCUGCUGUGGUUUGUGGGGGAAUCUGUGGGGAUGCCGGACCCCGCUCGCAGGGACUUGCUGAUGCGUGAGGAGGCGUCCCGGCAGACGGGAGGCCUGCUGACGCUCACGGCGGCCGAGCAGAAGCUGGACGCCGACCUGCAUCGGUUAAAGGAGCAGGAGAUGGCGGCCACUCACUUCCUUCCUGCCUUACACUUCUUCAAGGCGAAGCCGCUCAUCGAGAAGAGCGCCAUCUACAGACUCUUGCAGAAGAUGCCUAAAGGUGGCGCUCUCCACAUCCACAGUUCAUCGCUGGUCAGCGCCGAAUGGCUGGUGAAAAACGUCACCUACAGACCUCACUGCUACAUCUGCUUCACGUGGGACAACUCGGUCCGCUUCCUAUUCUCCAAUCAGCAGCCCUUCCCUCGGUGGGACUGCUUCUACUGGCAGCUGCUAGAGUCGCUAAGAGCCAGGAUAGAGGACAAUGCAGGAUUUGACAGCAGUUUAAUCCAGCACCUCACCCUGUUUACUGAGAAUCCAGAUGGUGAAUAUCCAAACCAGGAUGUUGUGUGGGAGAAGUUUGAGAAGGCCUUCAUCGCCGCUGCGGGGUUGAUCACCCACGCUCCUGUUCUGAGGGAUUACAUCUACCAGGGAUUAGAGGAGCUUCACAGGGACAACAUCAUGUAUCUGGAGCUGAGGAGCGGUCUGUCCUGGACGUAUGAACUUGAUGGAACGAUUCACGACAAGAUCUGGACUCUGAAGAUGUUCCAGGAAGUGACAUCAAAGUUCAAACAAAAUUAUCCAGAGUUUUUUGGAGCCAGGAUUAUAAUUUCAGUCCACAGGAUCAACCAGGUAGACCCCUAUGCAUUUUUCCCUGAAUGGGAGGGCAGCGCUGGGCUGGCACACCUCCAGGUUGCCCUGGUGCCGCUGUGGAACCAGCGGGCUAGAUCCGGGGGAGAGCCUGGAGAAUAUGCAGCUGCCAGCGAGCCCUACAUCCGAGAACUUAUAGGGCAACGGAGAGACGACAGGGUUUGA